GAGAAAGACAGCCAGACCUACAGCCCUUUCGGAGAGACCCAGGAAGCCUCAGUCCUGUCUACGCAGAAUCUCCCUCAACCUCCCAGCCUGGCCCAGAUCUCCACCUUUCCCCCAGCCCAGCUGAGCUGACCCCCAGUCAGAGCCCCAUUGUUGGACAAACUCUGGAUUCAGCAGGACAAGGAAGAUUUACAGUACUGCACAGGAUUAUAUGAAGGAAUAGGUAGUGGCCAACAUGGACAACAGGAUAACUCAGAUUUCCCGAGAGGACUUGGAAGAUCUUAGAGAAGCUUUCAACAGGAUUGACAUUGACAAUAGUGGACAUGUGAGUUACUUUGAGUUGGAGGAGCUGUUUAGAGAAGCCAGCUUCUCUCUACCUGGAUUUAAGAUCAGAGAGAUAGUAGAAAUAUUCAUCGCUGGAGAUACCAACAAAGAUGAGAAAAUCAGCUUUGAGGAGUUUGUAUCGAUCUACCAGGAACUAAAGAGUAAGCAGUUAAGUGAGACGUUCAGAAAGACCAUCACAAGGAGAGAUGGCAUUUGUUCAUUUGGGGGAACGUCCAACAUCUCCAGUGAGGGAACCCAGCACUCUUACUCAGAUGAGGAGAAGGUGGCGUUUGUUAACUGGAUAAACAAGGCUCUGGAGAAGGAUGAAGACUGCAAGCAUCUGCUCCCCAUGAACCCUGAGAACGACAACCUGUUCACCUCCGUCCGCGAUGGCAUCCUGCUCUGUAAGAUGGUAAAUCUCUCUCAACCAGACACCAUUGACGAAAGAGUCAUCAACACCAAGAAGCGGACUACCUUCACCAUGACUGAGAAUCUGGUGCUGGCUCUGAACUCAGCAUCAGCUAUAGGCUGUACUGUUGUAAACAUUGAUGCUCCUGAUCUGAUGGCUGGGAAACCCCACUUGGUUCUGGGACUGCUUUGGCAGAUCAUCAAGAUUGGUUUGUUUGCCGACAUUGAAAUCAGCAGAAAUGAAGCUCUGAUUGUUCUGCUGGGAGAGGGGGAGGAGAUUGACCACCUUCUGUCCAUGUCUCCUGAGGAGCUACUGCUGCGCUGGGUCAACUAUCACCUUGACAACGCCGGCACUGAGACAAUCAAAAACUUCAGUGACGACAUCAAGGAUUCCAGGGCCUACUUCCACCUGCUGGAUCAGAUCUCUCCUAAAGGAGACGGAGAUGACGAGAUGAAGAUUGAUAUCGACAUGAUCGGCCUCAAUGAGCGAGAUUACGAGCACAGGGCUGAGCUCAUGUUGCAGCAGGCUGCCAGGUUGGACUGCAGGCAGUUUGUGUCUGCCCAGGAUGUUACUGCUGGCAACAGCAAACUCAACAUGGCGUUCGUGGCCAACCUGUUCAACAUGUACCCUGCCUUGCAGACAACACAGACCAACGGCAUUGACACAGCGCUGAUAGAGGGAGAGUCCAGAGAGGAGAGAACUUUCCGGAACUGGAUGAACUCACUGGGAGUUUCUCCACGUGUUAACCGCCUUUACUGUGACCUGUGUGAUGCACUGGUGAUUUUGCAGCUUUAUGAGAAAGUGAAUGUUCCUGUAGACUGGAAGAAAGUCAACAGACCCCCAUACCCUGCCCUUGGAACUAACAUGAAGAAGUUGGAGAACUGUAAUUAUGCUGUGGAUCUGGGCCGCGGGAUGGCCCGUUUUUCCCUUGUGGGCAUUGGAGGAGAAAAUCUAAAUGAGGGAAGCCCCAUGCACACCCUGGCUCUGGUGUGGCAGCUCAUGAGAAGGUACACAGUGCAGGUGUUGUCAGACUUGGGGGAUGGAGAGAAGGUUGGAGACCAGGUCAUCCUUGGCUGGGUCAACUCCACCCUCACUGAAGGACGAAAAGACACUCAGAUUAGCAGCUUUAAGGACAAGAGAAUCAGUACCAGUCUGCCAGUGCUGGACCUGAUUGACACCAUCGCUGCAAACGCCGUCAAGCAGGAGAUGGUGAAAAGAGGAGAGAAUGGAGAGCUGAGCAAUGACGAUAAACUCAACAAUGCCAAGUAUGCAAUCUCUGUGGCCCGUAAGAUUGGAGCACGUGUUUACGCCCUGCCUGAAGACCUGGUGGAGGUGAAACCUAAGAUGGUAUUGACAGUGUUUGCCUGCCUCAUGGGGCGUGGCCUAAAGAAGGCAGACCGCUAAGCGACAUGCACUGACUCACUGGCAGCCCCACCCUAGCCACUCAGGCCUAUCUAUCUGAAACUUCUCUUUUUAGUAAUAAACACCAUGUGACUAAAGUCUAAAGGUGGAUUUUAUUUUAUUUUAAAGGUUAGGUCUACUCUACGACUGAGCACUUUUUCUCCCUCCAUCCUUAUUGGCUCUCUGUCUUUUUUCAUUAUCUCUUUCUAUCUCUUUCUUUCUAUCUUCUUGUCUCUCUUACUUUGUUUAUCUAUUAACUAUGUAUACAGUACAUAUGUGAUUAUGUCCAUUUAUGAUCAAUAAUUUAAAAAGCUGUUAAAUGUAUAAAUAUUCCAUCUAUUGACAUAGAAGAAAUGUUGCACCUUCCUCCAAAUGUCACCGACAGGCUAUUUGCUAAAUGUGCGCACACACCUGCUCUUACUCUAACACUCCAGUAAUGUUAUGUAUCACUUAUAUUAUUAAACUGAUUCACCCAAAAA